AUGUCUAUUACAGUUACAUUUCCGAAAUCCCCAUCUACGAAAAAACGUGCACCGGCAUUUGGAAUUGAGUUGGAGUUUAGUCAACAAGGCAGUAGCGAUGGUGCUAUAGAGAAAGCGGCAUUGGCAGUUCCUGUGUUUAGCGUUGACAACCAAGACUUUGUAUUGAUAAGAGACCUUGCCAAGUACUGGGGCUACCCUUCAUCGUAUCAAUUGAUUGUCAAGUUGGUCAAAUGUGCUAACAUUGAAAAGUCGCAAAUCUUAAAGACCGAUAAGGAUUUGAAUAAAGAGUUGUUUGAGUUGGAUUUGAUUGAAGAAGCAGAUACAAAGAUUGAUCUUUUUUAUAUUUCGUUACCCUUGGUCUAUUCAAGAAUAGAAAAUAAGAAGGUUUUUUAUGUUCUGCGUGAACCAGAACAGCCAAAGGUGUCGAAAGCCCCAACACAAGAGAAACCAGCAAGUGUGGUUGCUGCUGAAGAAGAUGACGAUAAUCUAGAUGAUGAUGAGGAGGACGAAGUGGAUGAAGACAUGGAUGAAGAUAAUGAUAAUAGUGGGGAAUUGUCUAAAGGAUACAAGCACAUGCACAAGGACCAUCCAAAGUAUAUAAAUGACGAUAGGGUUACUAUUGGACAAGUGUUUCAUCAAUACGGACUUGACCCUUCGACACCAUUAACCCAUUCACUUUUCAAUAGUAUCAACUCAAUGUCGAAGCUAAACUAUUACAAGAAUUUUGGAGUUUCAGGUUACCGAUUUCUUCCCAACAGCAAGUUAUCUUAUGCAGAACGAGAAUUGGUGUUGAAUGCCAACAACUACAAUGAUAUGCACAUUAACGAAAAGACAGAAUCCAAGCCGAAAAAGAGUUUCCGUAAACCCAUUGGAAAGUCAAAGAAACAUAACUUGCAGAUUGAUCCGAACUCCAUAGAUUUAAGCGAGUCAGUGAUUCCGGGACAAGGGUUUAUACCUGACUUUAGUAUCCACCAUCUUUGCAAAGUCCCUAAUUAUUAUGUGACAUCAAACCACCAAAGUCUCCCGCUGUCGUUCAACACAAAGAAUCUUAAUGCAACUUCGAACUCUUCGUAUUUGUUUAAUGAUAAUGUCAAGAUAAAGUCAAAAAGUAUUCAGAAGUUGGUGUUCAACAGCGAUACCGAUAAUUACCAUCACACAAAGUAUUUCUACACCAAAACCUACCGUGGUCCAGGGUCGGGGAAUUACAAGGAUGGUGCAUUGAUGAACAAAAUCAACAAGAUACAUCUUUCCAGUAAUAAAAAGCCGCGCCACAAGAGAAAGGUGUCGAACAAUAACAGGUACAACAAGAGUUUAAAGGGGUUAGUCCACGAAAAGUUUGACAAGAACUUUGUUGAGUACUUGCUUUCUGAGCAACGCAAGUAUACCGAGGACUAUUCCAAUCUUGAAAUUUUACACAAUAGCUUACAGUUUAAUGUUCUUUUGAAUACGUAUCGUGGUGUUGCCCAAGAGACAUGGAAUAACUACUACAAGUUUAAAUUGAUUGAUUUCGAACAAUUGAAGGCUUUGCAAAUGGAGGCAAAUGAGCUUGAGGAGAGAAAAUUGGAUGCUGCUAGACACCAACAGUGGGCGGAAGAAGAGAAGCUUCGCCAAGAAAGAUUGCGUUUAGUAUUUGAAGAUGAACGGAACGAGUUUGAGCAAUUGCAAAGCGAGUUUGGUCAGAGAAAGAAGGAUUUGGAAGAGAAAUUGCGUCGUCGUCAGCUAGAGGCAUCUUUGAGUGAUAGUUUUGAAGCUGAUAGCGAAAAUGACGAUGAAUCUGAGCUCGCCCAAAUUCAACAAGACUUUGAAUCAAGCGCCAACGCACUCAAGACAAAGUUUGAAGCGAAAAGAAAGGACCUCAUAAACCCAGCACCACCUCCACAACCAAUUGAGACACCACAGUUGGAUCUUAACAACAAGUUUAGCUUACCAACAGUGUAUCCAGAGAUUAUUCGAAACUUGCCAUUAGAGUUGCGAGGGAUUGUCCAAGAAAGCAAGGAGGAGCUUCCGCCUAUCAAAAAGCCCAUACACUAUGUAACUACAUACCCUGAACGUCCAAAUCCAGAGUAUCUUACACGAAUCGAGAUUAUCAAAUUGCCAAAUGCCAAUUCGGUUGGAUGGGAUAACUUUAAAAAAUAUAAAGAUAGUGAUGUAUAG